AACGGCAUGGAGAUCGUGAACAUCUCCAUGGGGAAACCGAACGGCGCGGUCGCCAAGUCCGGGAAGAAGGUCACGAUGAAGUACGUCGGGAAGCUCCAGAGCGGGAAGAUCUUCGACCAGACGCGCGGCAACGCGACGUUUUCGUUUCGCCUCGGCGUCGGCGAAGUCAUCAAAGGCUGGGACGUCGGCGUCGAGGGCAUGCGCGUGGGGGACAAGCGCAGGCUGACGAUCCCGCCCGCGAUGGCGUACGGGAAGAAGGGCGUCAAGGGCGCGAUCCCGGGGAACGCGACGCUGAUCUUCGACGUCGAGCUCGUGAAC